GCUGGCAUACGGUCACACUUUGGGGAUGAUUUCUUUAAUGCUAAUUUCCUAAGACCCUCGGAAAACCACAACAAAAGGUGCGGAUCGACAUCCAAAUGAGCUCCCUGUUCCGCAGCCUGAACCACUUUUCAUCGAAACGGGAGAAUGUCGUGAAGGAAGCUCUCAUAAAUACACUGAACGAAAAUGCGCGUGAGAUAGAGUUCGAGGUGAAGCAGAAGAGUUUGGAGGUCCUGGGAAUAUGUGAGCAGACCAGUGCCCUGUGCACCACCCUGGAGGCCCUGUUCCUGCACGGGCUGAAGGACUCCUUCCUGUCCGCCACCUUCAAUGUCAUCGCUGGCGAUGUGGAACGCAGGCCCGAGCCCAGCUUCUGGUCGCCCUGCAUGGUCUUCAUGCACAAGCAAGUGAUCGAGCAGGUGCUGGGCCUCAGCCAGAUCACCUCGGAGACGGGGCAGUGCCGCGCCUGGGUGCGCCAGUCGCUCAACGAGUCGGUGUUCUCCUCCUAUCUGAACAACAUGCGCAAGAACGGAUCGGCCCUGUCGCAGUACUACAAGCGGAACGCCCUUAUCCGGGACUCCGAGGGUCUGGAGACGGCCGCCAAGAUUAUGGAGAGCUUGGAGGCCUAUGUGCAAUUCGAUCUGCCAGUGAACUCCAGCCUGUUGAACCACUGGCCCGACUACUCCCUGCAGCUAUCUGAUCUCUGGACACCUGCUCUCAAGUCCUGCCCGGUUUGAAAUACUAUUUUAAAAUUCACGGCGAGUAUUGAGUAAAACGACAACACAUCAUUCCAAAAGAAUGCCAUCAAUAAGCGAAACAACUCUCGCAAUUGCUGAUUUGCCAAAUUGUUUAUGUUAUUAAUGAUUUGGCAACC